CUAAUAAGUACACGCCUUAAACCUCAAAAAUCACACACAGCCACCGUUUAUUCAUACGAUGGACGACAUAGACAUGGAUGCCUGGUCACCCCAACAUGAAGACGACGAACAUGAAGAUGACUUUGAGGACUACUACGACGACUACGAUCAACAUGAAAUAUUACAAGAAAUAGACUUUGAUGAACAAGAUGAAGCUGAUGAUUCCCUUCAUACAUUCACAGGCCAUACUGGUGAACUAUACACUGUUGCCUGCAGCCCAACAGAUGCUAAUUUGGUGGCAACAGGUGGUGGAGAUGAUAGAGGAUUCAUGUGGAGGAUUGGUCAAGAUGAUAUGCCUUUUGAGUUACAAGGUCACGAUGAUUCUGUAUCUAGUGUGGCAUUUAGUACUGAUGGUCAGUUGCUUGCUUCUGGGAGCUUUGAUGGGAAUAUAAGAGUGUGUAACAUAGCCUUGGGUGGUCCGAACAGCAUACUUGAAGGUCCUGAAGAGGGAAUAGAGUGGGUCAGGUGGCAUCCGAGAGGACAUGUAGUGUUGGCAGGUUCAGAGGAUUCUUCUGUUUGGAUGUGGAAUGCUGAUAACAAUACUUUCAUGAACACAUUUUUAGGUCAUCAUGGUAGUGUAACCUGUGGUGAUUUCACUCCUGAUGGUAGAUUAAUUUGUACCGGGUCCGAUGAUGCGACCCUGAGGAUAUGGGACCCAAGGAAUGCCCAAAGUAUCCAUGUUAUAGAAGGUCAUCCAUAUCACACAGACGGCCUGACAUGCUUGACUAUCAGCUUGGAUUCAACCCGUGCUCUCACAGGCUCAAAGGAUCACUCUGCUCGCAUAGUGAAUAUUAUUACUGGAAAUGUUGUCACUUCUCUGAUUGCUCAUACAGAUUCGAUAGAAUGUGUCGGCUUUUCAGCAAGCGCUACUUGGGUUGCAACUGGAGGCAUGGAUAAUAAUCUCAUUAUUUGGGAUUUACAGCAGUCCACACCUCGUUCCAUAUGCGAACAUGAGGACGGUGUAACAUCCUUAUUGUGGCUGGGGCAACAUAGAUAUGUGGCAACAGGCUGUGUUGAUGGGAAAGUGCGGAUAUGGGAUAGCCUUUCUGGAGAAUGUGUGAGGACCUUUAGCGGACACACUGAUGCAAUUCAGUCUCUAUCUGCAUCUUUCAAUGGGGAAUACCUUGUUUCUGCCUCUUCUGAUGGAACAGCACGCGUUUUUGGGAUAGCAGAGUUCAACUAAGAGGAGACCCCCAUCUUUGUGUGUUGGUGAAGAGUUAAGCCCAGAGUUGCACUUUGCAAAGCAUUUGUCUGAUUCUUCUUUUCAGUUUUGCACAUACACUUGAUAUAUUAGCAGAAUGAGUAUUCUAAAAUCUUGAAGCAAGCUCCAAUUGUUUUUUAAAAAUAUACUCUUUUUA